AUGGCUGAUGCUAUUGAUCCGGUUUCUGCUUUCUUUCUGAAGCUUUGUUUGACGAAUAAGUCGGAGGAAUCACCAGUGUGGUAUGUUAAUGUUAUCACAGUUUUGGAGGUAAAAUUUGACGACUGCGUGGCGCAUGCAAUCCGGUUGCUGUAUGAGAACAAUGUAUCCGGCGCAGCGAUCAUUGAUCCUGCGGAUUCUGCGUCCAAGAAGUCUAUGGAUCGAGAUAUUGGCUUCAUCGAGUUCUCGAGUAUGGUUUUAUGGUCGCUUGAGGAAAUUGACAAAGCGAGAGCUGCAUCAAAGGAAGGCAACCAUGGGUUCUUUGAUACGCUAGAGAAGUACUAUCAGAUCGGACAGACUAAGAUCAUAGAGCUGACCAAGUCAUUCUUAUGGGAACCCUUCUUCCCUGCCCAUGAGGAUGACACACUCUUUCAUGUGCUGCUGCUUUUCACAAAGCAUCACAAGUUAAAUGUCAUACCAGUCAUCGAGUCAUCCAACUCUAGCAUAGUUGGGUUUAUUACUCAGCAUGCAGUGAUUCAGUUGCUUCUUCAGUCGAGUGGACUCGAAUGGUUUGAUGAGAUUGCAGAGAAAUCCCUCUCAGAAUACCGGUUGAUGAAUGCUGCUGGAGUCGUUUCGGUCUUCUCGGAUCAAAGUUUAGCAGAUGCCGUGCACGUACUGUGGGAUAAGCAACUUGAUGGAGUGCUGGUGGUGGAUCGAAGGUCUGGAACGCUGCUCGGAUGUGUGAGGCGAUCGGAUAUUUAUCUCCUUUUGGAGGACGAUUCCUUGUUCAUCCGCAGGAAGACGUUUGCAGUCGAAGAAUUCAUUAAGGUUCGAUAUGCUGCGAGUGAACAGAGCAGAAAUCGAUACACAGAAACGGAGGCUCCCCCAGCUGGUCUUCUAAGGAUGAAGAACGCGAGGUUUCUUCGGUUGAGCAACCCAGCAGUACUCCGGAAGUCCGACAGCCUCAAGAAAACCAUGGAGAUCAUGGCCGCUUCGAUGAGGGAGAGCGGCUUUUUGGACGGCGAUGCUGGGCGACUCGAGGGCAUGGUGACGCUCAGGGACGUCAUCCUGCCGUUUUCUCCGCCAUCGAUGGAUGCGAGAGUCGACGGAGGCGGCUUCUUCACGUCGGUGCUAAAUCAGGUUGGCUGCCACGUGAACGACGGAGUGAUGAUUCGGAACCGGUGA